AUUAAUACUCUGCAAAGAGAGCUGUUGCUGGUGGCGCAGCGGAAGCGUUUACUGGACCAGUACACAAACUCUCUUAGGUUAUGGAUCCUUCUACGUUUCUACAGCUGUAUUGUGUGCAGAGAAAGUGAAAGCAGCUUCGGAUGAGAGAAGACCGGCUUGGUCGUAAAUCCAGCUCUUAAAGGCUUCAGAGGAGGCUGGAGGCGUCUGAAAAGUGAGUAAAACAAAUCCCAAGGGGAAAAAGAAGAAAGGGCACACAGAGGGAGUAGCAGCAGACCCCAAGAAUGGCAGUGGAAAAUUUCCAGGUUCCCUUUACAAAGUUGAACUCUGCAAAUUACGUGCAGUGGUCUAAGAGGGCUCAAGUCUGGUUGGAAGCCAAAGAAGUGUGGGCUGACUAUGUCCAGAGGCGAAAGCCGUUUGUGGCUGUUGCAGCAGAUGCCACAGCAGAGCAACAGGCCGCUGCACAUGCUCAGAAUAGGGAACAUGAUAAAAUGGACACUAAAGCUAGAUGCAUGUUGAUGGUAUCGAUAGACGAUUCCCAAUUACCUCAUGUGGAAAAUUUAAGGUCUGCAUUUGAAAUUUGGGAAGCUCUUAGGCGAAUUCACCAUAGAGCCACGCCCGGAGAGAAGGUGAACAUUAUACGUGCUUUGUAUGAGUUGAAACUGAAGCCAGGGGAUAGUGUGGUUGAACACACGUCACAGAUGACUGAGUAUUUCAACCGACUGUCAUCUUUAGGUGUGAAUUUUCCUGAAAAUAUUAAAGUUUAUACUCUGCUUAGCAGCCUGCAUGCAGGGUUUGAAAACUUAGUACUAACUUUACAGGUUUUGCCAGAGGACCAGCUGAAUAUGAAUUAUGUGACUGGUAGAUUGUGUGAGCAAGAAUAUCAACAUCAUCGAAAACGUAUUGAUAAUUCAAAUACCCCAAGGGUUGGGUGUUCAGAUAAUUCCCAGCGUGGGGAAACUAGCAGGCAGAGCUGUAAGGAAGCCUCACAAGUGUCUGCUAUGGCCAGCAAGUCAUGUUUUCGAUGUGGCAGCAGGUUUCAUUUGAUAGCAAAGUGUCCAGAAAAGCAACAGGAAUUUCAACAGUCCAGGGCCAGUUUCCGGAGCUACAGGGGAAGACGACGUGAGAACUACAAGAAUCAACGAUCCAGAGGGGGAGCAGGUGCUGAUAAGGGACUAUCUGCAAUGGCAGCACAAAAGAGUCCUAAAAGGAGCCAACAAACCUUGAAGUGGAUAAUUGACAGUGGAGCAAGUCACAGUUUAGUUCCAGCGACAUCUAGUGGCCGCUUGAUGAACUGCAAGACAUUGCCAGUUGCAAAAACCGUGACUAUAGCAGACAAUAGUAAACGAGAAAUGAACCUUAAAGGCACAAUUUAUGUUAACUGUUUGCAAACUAACCUUCCUGUUUUUGUUCUUCCAGGAAUGAAGAAUGGACUUUUGAGUGUGUCAUGCCUGGUAAAAAGUGGUUUUAAGGUUGAGUUUGAAAAUGAUGUGUGCACCAUUUCGAAACAGGGGAAGGAGCUAGUUAAAAUUCCCUGUGAGGAUGGGCUUUUUGUUUUGGAUGAAGAGCAGUUAGCAGCAGGUAGAUGUUCAACAGGUGAAGCGCAAGCUAAGUGUGUAAAUAAGGCUCCUCAUACAGGUUGUGCACAUCUACUACACAGAAGGUUAGCUCAUAUAUGCUUUAAGUAUGUAAGCAAGAUGCCAGAUUUAGCUGAGGAGUGUAACAUUAAACCCUGUCCAAAUUUUCUGGAUUGUUGUGCUUGUAAACAUGCUAAGGUUAAGACAUGUAACUAUCCUAGAUCUGAUAGAGUAAGCAAGAAACCCUUUGAACUUGUGCACACAGACGUGUGUGGCCCUAUGCCAGUCAAAUCGCUUGGAGGUGCGAGAUUUAUGCAAAUUUUGGUGGAUGAUUUUUCAAGGGCUAGUUGGGUUUUCUUUCUGAAAGAAAAACACAAGCAGCUUCCAUCCUGAUGGAUUGGAUUGAAGAAGUCGAAUGUAAAUUUGACACCAGGGUACGUAAAAUACAAUCAGAUCGUGGUGGGGAAUAUGUGAACCACACGCUGGAGACGUGGUUAAAAAGGAAAGGUAUAGUUCAUAGACUUACCAAUCCCUAUUCACCACAGGAGAAUGCAGUUGCUGAAAGAAAAUUUCGAACAUUACAGGAAGCCAUUGCUGCUUUGCUGUUUGAUUCUGGACUUCCACAGCGUUUUUGGGCUGAGGCUGCACUGUAUGCGAAUUAUACUUUUAACAGAGUGUAC